AUGAGUGAAUAAGCAUAUUAAACUUCACUUAAGAUGGAUCUAUUAAAUAUUGAAGAUGAAAUUUCAAAACUGAAUAAAUUGGGUAUUCAAUAAUCUAGAUUGAGUUAAAAUCACACUUAAAAAAUAAAACAAUGGAUUUCAAAUAUUAAAAUGAAUGAUAAAUGUUUGGAUCCUUAAAGAGUUAUUCAAAUUUGUAAUUGUUCUGAUGCAAAUGAAACUGUUGUUAAAUUGUACAAUAUGAUAUAAAAUUUUGACUUUUAUGUCAAUAAAAUAACAGAACUUUAAUGUAUACAUUAUUUAUAAUACGAAUAAUGUUUUACUAAUUUUUAAUCAAAUUACUUCUAAAAAAUAGCAUCUUAAGGUAUAUUACCAAAUAGGUUUUUAAUGAGUCUUUUGAAUUUAGAAAUUAUUGAAUAUUUAGUUUAGAAAAAAGGGGAUAUGAAUCAAUCAAAUGGUGAAAGUAUUUUACAAAAAAAAUUGUAUGAUUUAAAAGAUGAGAAUAUUAAACUAUUGAGUGAUAUUAAAUCAUUAUAAAAUCAAUGUAAAAAAUUAUAAGAUUAAAUAUCAAAUUCAACUAAUUUAACUCAAAGUUAAUUGAGUAAUUAUUCAAUUGAAUUACCUCCUAAUCCUACUUCCUAUUAUAAUAAAAUAAUUGAUGAAGUGAAAGAUAGUUAUUAGAAUCUUGUUACUAUGCUUAGAGAUGUAAACAACUUUUGAAUAAAUAAAUAGGAAAAUCUAUAGCUAGGAUUGAAAUUAAGUGAAGUACAAUAAAAAUUUACAAAUACGAGUAAUGAAAUUAUAGAAUUAAAUAAAAAAGUUGAUAAUAUGAAGAGUCAGAAAGUGAGAUAACAUAUUUAUAAUAUAGGAUGAUUUAUAUAAAAGAUUUGUGGCUAAAUAUAAAACUACGGAAGAGUUUGAAUAAUCAUAUGAAGCUGCCUUAAAGGAGGAAUAUUCUUCUAUGGAAAUAUCAUUUAAAUAAAAAAUUUAAUAGUUAUAAUAAAAUAUUGAUCAAAAUAAUAGAGAUUAUUAAAAGAAAUUGGUAUUAUUUAAUUUUGAAUAUAAUUAGCUUGAAUAAAAGUAAAUUAUAGAUUAGUAAAGUGAUAAAGAAAGAAUGUUAAUUAAAAAAAUGAGUUUAUAUUAAAAACUUUGA